GCAAGUGGGGCUUGGUCUUAUGCACGCCGUUGUAAGGAGCACAGUGUCCGUGUGUCUUGUUUUGCUGCUGAUUUGGUGCUGACUUGCAAACUGCCUGUUUUACUUUUUGUUUUGCUCCCAGCUUUACUGCCUGUCUACUUUUUGGAAGACUUCAGUCUGUUUGCCGUGCAGGCUGAUCCCUGUGGCUUAUAGUAACCAACACAAUCACAUGAGGUAGAGAGCUAGUUGCAGGCUCUGUUGCUCUUAAGAUGUGUAAUAAAGCACAUCCCUUCAAAGCAAAAGAUGCAGCCGUAAGGCCCUUCCAGACGCAGAGCACUUGACCCAGCUGCCGCAGUAGUGACGUCUCUGCCACCAUGGUUAGAAGCGGGUUUUAACUCUUGCAAAAGGAAGGAAGGAGUGAACAUUAGCCCAAGAAACAGCAGUUGCGCUGCAUUGUUUCUCCUAGGCAGCUCAAAGUAAGUGCUAGGUAUUGCCAAUGGAUGAACUGGUGCAUGACUUGGCUUCAGCCUUAGAGCAGACUUCAGAACAAAACAAGCUGGAUGAGCUAUGGGAAGAGAUGGCCCUAAGCCCACGGCAGCAGCGACGUCAGCUUCGCAAGAGACGGGGUCGCAAACGACGCUCAGACUUCACGCAUCAGGCAGAGCAUGCCUGCUGCUACAGCGAGGCCUCAGAGUCAAGCUUGGAUGAAGCUGUGAAGGAUUGCCGGGAGGUGCUGACAGCCAAUUUCAGUGACUCUGAUGACACAGCAGUGGUCAAACGACAUCCAGCUCUCAGUGCCACCCUGAGGAGCAAGCAACACUCGUGGCAUGAGUCAGACUCCUUUACAGAGAACGCGCCGUGUCGACCUCUCAGGCGCCGUCGGAAAGUCAAACGCGUGACAUCAGAGGUGGCUGCCAGCCUCCAGCAGAAGCUCAGGGUGUCGGAGUGGAACUAUGAGAGGGGCUGCAGGUUCAAGUCAGCUAAGAAACAACGUCUUUCACGCUGGAAGGAAAACGCCCCUUGGACAUCAUCUAGUCGUGGCCUUUGUGAAACAGGAGAGAACAGGCCCUUCCUCAGCAAAGGGGGAAGGAAGGAGCGGAUGGAGUGCGAAGCUGAUGAGCAGAAGCAGGGCUCAGAUGAAAAUAUGUCUGAAUGUGAAACCAGCAGUGUAUGCAGCAGCAGUGAUACUGGCCUGUUUACCAAUGAUGAGGGCCGCCAAGGAGACGAUGAGCAGAGCGAUUGGUUUUAUGAAGGGGAAUGUGUCCCGGGAUUCACUGUCCCCAACCUCCUUCCCAAGUGGGGAGCUGACCACCGAUCUGAAGUGGAGCGGAUUGACUCAGGACUGGAAAAGCUCUCAGAUUCCACGUUUCUUUUGCCCUCGCGACCAGCUCAGAGAGGCUUUCAUGCUCGCCUGAAUCGCCUUCCAGGAGCUGCUGCCCGUUGUCUCCGAAAAGGUCGAAGGAGGCUUGUUGGCAAGGAGACCUCCAUGAGCACUGUGGGCACCGAGAGGCUAGGUCAUAUUGUUAGUGAUCCGCGCCAGAAAGAAAAGAACAAAGUGCUGGCUUCUGAUUUCCCUCACACUGUGGCGUUUGCACGUGAGUUCAAUCCAUUAUCUCCUCUGUACUCUCUGGAUGUGCUUGCUGAUGCUUCCCACCGAAGAUGCUCACCAGCACACUGCACCGCCAGGCAAGCAAAUGUACACCUGGGACCACCAUGUUCAAGGGACAUCAAGAGGAAACGAAAGCCAGCUGCAGCCUCCACAUCCAGCCCAACAUCAGCGACUUUAUCUGUGCACACGGAUGCUGCAGAGUCAGACCUACCAGCAACAACAUCCCUGAGAUCCCAGAACUCUGAGUGGACAGGGAAAAUACCAGCAGCUGAGAAAGCCACUAUUGCUGCCUCCACUAACUUUUUUAAAAUGCCGCCAGAGAAGAGCCCCGGAUACAGCUAAAAGAAACCAUUGCAACUGUAAAAGCUUGCAGGAUUUUGGAAGUGUUUGACUCUGGUGUAUGUCUUCAUCAAACAUCUUGUUUGGCAGUAGUGAUAUCUUCAGUAUUGGCACGUGAUGCGUGCCAUCAUCGAGAUAGAUCUGCGUGCCCCACAUAUCUAAACGAUGUUUGUGAAUCUGUGCUUAAAAAAAGGUAAUCAGUGUUGGGACUGCAGUGACUUUUUAAACUGUUCUUGCUAUUGCUGUAUUUAUUAUGCAUUCAUCUCCUUCCCUGAUGCCAGCUCCUGUGUGCUGGGUUGUAUACAGAAUCUUUUGGAUUUUCAGAUCUUGAUCUAUAUUCACCCAUGGACAUGUUGCUUAUUUGCUGCAUUUGGCAUUUUCUGUGUGAAAGUACCCCCUGCCGCUCAAAGAGGCGAAAGUCCUUCCCCUGCUUUCUCCAAGGCCAGGAAGAUUUCUUGACUGGGGAGUUAGGGGAGGGAAUGCUAACAAGAUGGAACAUGGAACCUGAAUUCUGUAGUAGCAGAAUGUUUUUAGGCCAUGUGUGAAUGAACUCAAACCACGUUGCUUCUAGUGAAGCAAAUACAGUGCUUGUCCAUUCAGAAAUUGCCCCAGGCUCACUGACAGCACGAUCCAUUCCUUCUUCCUUGUUCUGAAUGUCUUUCGUCUUGCUUUGUGUAUUGCAUGUUCUUUCCUAAAUCUCCUACUGGAUAAGGAUUUGGAAGAACCACUUGGACAUAAAUGUGCAAGCUGGUGUCAUGGAAAGGAACCUGGGCCCUCGAAUAUCCUUCAAGUAUGGUAGAGGUUAUACCAAACUUCUGUUUCUCAGUGUUUAACUUCAAAAGAGACUGUCUGCAUUUCCCAGGACAUUUUCCAUCGAAGUUACCAUGUAACUGAACAACAACAACAAAAAAAAACAUUUAAAGUGUCACUUGUGUUCAAAGCCUUCUUGGUACUGAUCAGACCACCUCUGUCUCAUGUUCUUCCCCCUUCAAAAAAGUAUUGUCUGCUCUAUCUGUUGGAGGUGUCUCCACCUGCUGUUGAUUGUAUUUUACUCUGCAGCAUACACAGAAGAGAUUCUGUUCUCUUUGUAAUGCUUUCACUUGGUCCUCUGUUACCUUCUCUCUUGCAGAAUAUACGGAUAGUGAUUUCUCCCCUCUUUUUCAUCUAUUCUUGAUCGCAUUACAUGUACUUUUAUUGAGUUACUCUGCCUGGAGUUUAUUUUGGGCUAAAUUUUUAGGAUAUAUACCUGUAUAGCAUGAGUCAAAGGGCCAGUGGCCUCAUGGGUUCCCAAGUCCUUUAAAAAUAGGACAUAUUUGUAUGCACACAAUUACUUUUGCUUUCCUCUCUGGGUGGAGCUUCCAGACAGGACAACUGAAGCUCGUAAAAUUCAUUUUGAAUGUGGAGGUGCAGUUAGCACUGUUUUUACUGGGUUUUGCAGUGUUUUUAGUGGUUUUACAAUGUUUGCCUCUCCCUUAUAAAUCAAAUAGCUGAGGGACAGAUUUGAUUUCAAAGCUAUAAGGCAGUGUUUUAUAUUUAAUUAUGUAUUAAUAUGUUAAAUGGUCAUAACAUAUUCAAAACAAAAAAUUGAACGGCUCAGUCUAAAUCAUGAUUGACAAAUACAGUUACAUUACAGACACACGGCCUGUGUCUGAUCCCCUAAUACCUACUUAUUCUUGGGGAAAGAUGCAAAUUGGAUUUGUAUUUCGCAGCCCAAGCAAACUGUCAGAUCUGCCCAUGCAAAUCCCCCUCAAAAUAUUAUUUCUUUUUAGUGGUACAUUUUAGAACUAUUUAGAACAGGGAAAGCCUUUUUACCUUGCCAAAGGUGUACAGAGGUCAGUUUGGAUUAUGGGACAAGCAGUAAAGGCUUUGUGGAAUGAGGAGUGUUCCUGUUUUAAAAUAGCCCUUGGAUUUUUUUAUUUUGUACUUUGAGCACUUGGCUCAGUGGUGCUUGAGAGGUAGUGGACGAAGUCUCAACACUUGGAGGGCCUGUGAUCUAGAAUUUAUAAAGAGGAAGGAAACCUGAAAAGUAGUCAAUUGUCUAUCUUGUACUUGUGAGCACAGUGAAGGCAAUGGUGGUCGCAUUCUGCUGAUAGAGGGCAAAUAAAUUUUUGGUUUAGAGCUUUUUAACCCAACUUGCAGGGAGUGGUCCCCUGAAAGAGCAUUUGUGCAAUUCAGUGUUUAUCUCAUGAAGGCUCUUCCACAACCUCUCUUGGUUUGAGUCUAUUUAACAGACCCAUUCCAGUUACCAAGCAUUUAGUUGAAAUUUUAAAACCUGAUCUUCUAUGUUCCCCUUUUUUAGAACAAUUCUGAUAAAGCAAGAUAUAUUCUAAGUAUUCUUCAGAGUUUCUUUGUGGUGGCAGGACAGUUUACAAGACCUUUGGUGGCAGGACCUUUACAAGAGGUGUUAGGGAAUCGACAGCCUUCAUCUCCCUCCUGGGAGGAAGGACACCAGACUUCACAUGAUUUUUCUCUGUGGGCAGUGAAAGAUAAAUUAUCAUCAGAUUUUCCUAUUGAGGUCAGUAGCACUGUUCGUCUGAGUAAGCCCUAAGGUUGUAAGCUUCCUAGGAGGUUCUCCUUGCCCUUAAAGGUUGAAUGUACCUGUUGUACUACUGAAGAGUAACUAUAGCAGGCCUUGUCUUGAUUAAUCAUGCUUCUGGCUAUGGCAGCUUCCUGGGAGUGCUUGGAGACUUAAAGUCUUGUAGCUUCCCUGUCUUUCCUAUUUCUAUGUUGGAAUCCAUUUGUAGGUCAGUCAGGCUCUCAACCAAAUUUGAUUCUCCUGACUGGCAGACAAGCUAUAUGAAUCACAUGUCAUGUUUCAUCUUGUUCCUCCAGGGUGUUUAUCUAAAUUCAUCUUCAUACUUCAGUAGCUUCAUUCAGUUUUGAAUAUUUGCAGUAUUCUUAAAUGAAUGAACUAGGUACGUUGCUUCAUCCCUUUUCCUCCAAGGCAGAUUCCUUAAACCUGUCCCAGGUACAAGAAUCUGCAUCUACCUUGGUUGGAAUUUAGGAGGUUUCUGUCUGCUCAGUCUGUCAAGGUCCCUUUGGAUGGUAUCACCACCCUCUAUCAUAUCAGCAGCUCCCCCUAUAUACAGCAUUUUUUCCUGUUUUCCUUGAGGGUAUGCUCUGUUCUGUUCUCCACAUCAUUAUGAAGAUGCUGAACAGCAUCGAUGCCAGUAUUGUCUUCUGAGGCAUGCUUCUCAUAACUUGCCGCCAUGUACACUUCAAACCACUGUUCAUUAUUCUUUGAGCCUGACAGUUCAACCAGUUUCUCGCUGACCUUUCUUGCUGAGCUGCGUCCAGUCCAUAGCUCCCCAACUUGGCUGUGAGGAUGCUUUAAGACACUGCAACAAGAGGCUUGCGAAGGUCCACGUAAGCAGCAUCCACUGCCUUCCACUCAUUCACAGAGCUUGUCAUUUCAUCCUAGAAGGCAGUCAGAUUAAUAGGUAUGAUUUUCCCUCGUUAAAUAUGGCUGCCUCUUCCUAGUCACCUUCUUGUCCUUUGUAUACUUGGAAAUGGCUUCCAGAACUUGCUCCAGAAACUUAUGAGGGACUGAGGUAAGCUUCACUCGUCUGUCAUUCCCCAGGUGGUCCUCAAUGCCUUUUUAGAAAGAGGCACGAUAUACUGCCCUUUUGCCCUGUCACAUCAUGUAAUUUCCCCAGGUUUUCAAAGAUUAUGGAGACCAGCUCAUAAUGACAUUCUUAUGCAAAAAGAAUUUUGUGUAUGUGUGGCAAGAAGGUGCACAUUCAGUGGAAGAGAAAGAGCUGGGAGGAACACAAGUAGUUGUUCUUUGCACGUUUCCAGUAGUUGUUCCAAUGAGCUCUAGUGAGGCUUAAGUUCCAGUUUAGUAGGUACUGGAGAGGUGCAAAUUAAAAGAAUAGAUUUACGAUUUUAAGAUAAGGUGCGGUAAAGAGCGAAGAAGGCAGCAAAACAGUAGUUGGAGAGAAACUCAUAAGAGGCUGGGAGUAGUGCUACCGAAUGAUAGAUUUGCUUCAUGAUUGUGCUGUGCAGAGGUGUGUCUUGCUAGCAUUCCUGAAGAAUGACAUUGAGAUGGUUAGUGCUGUCCUUCAAAUUGCAGAAGCUCAUGCUGUUACUUUGUGGAUGUUGUGGACAGCUGCUCAGUGGGCAGAGGAUUAGAAGGGAAAUAGGUGGAAGGGCAACAAUGAGAGUGGUUUUGUCAUUUUUUUUUUUUAACACUGUAAUCCCCCUCUGCACUGAAGAAAGAACAUGCUACAAAAACCAAUGUAUGUGCCUGGAAACUGAAAAGAAAUUAUGUAAAGUGGAUAAGAACUUUGUUGUCUUCAGGAACAGUUUGUUAACCAGAAAAAUUUCAGUGAAACAAAAGUGGAGGCUGCUUCCAGUCAUUUGUUCAGAAAAUGUACUUUAGUAGGAAUAUUGGUUAUAGUAGUAAUACUAUUUUAGGAGAAUAUCAAAGGAGGACAAAAUUCUGCUCUCACUGUGAUACUGCUUUCUAUUCCAGUUUGUGCUUGCAUUGGAGACAUCCUGCUUUUGUACCUUAAAAUGCAGUAAAGUUUCUUAGAGUAUAAAACGUAAGGGGCUACUUGCUUUACAGAAGGCAAGACAAGGUUCUUAGGCCAUUAAUUUUUACUCACUACAAGGACAGAACUUGGCAUAGAGAGAGAAUGUAGCCUCUUAACUAUACCAAAGCAUCUCAUUGUUUAAGGAAGUAAACUGACUCACAGGCAUGUGAGACUGAACUGUCACCAGUUCCUGGAGCCCUCAAUCAGGUAACAUACAGACUUGUGUUGUGGAGACAUAGGGAACCCUCAAUGUACAUCACAAUUUUAAUGCAGGUAAAAUUCCUUCCCAAGUGCAGACCCGGCUGUUAGUGUGACUUCAGUGUGUUGAGAAUAGUGUGCCAACUGGCAUACCCAGAAAGAGAAUUCUUGCACCACCUCAAAGAAUUGGUAGAAGUAGAAAAUGGAUCGGGACAGCUUCUUUUAUGUCAAAGAAAGAUGCAAAAUAUAUAUAUCUGCAGAAGAUAAUUGGAAAAACUAUUGCUGACCCCUGCAUGUGUGACCCUGUGUAUUCAUUGUCUUAAAGCAGAGCUGUCAGUAUUAUGAGGAUGAUCAGGGUUUUGCAAAGCUGUCCUCUUUUCCUUGUAACCUCUGAAGGAAUGGGAUGAACAGCAUAAGGAAGGCUGCACUGGGUCAGGCUGAAGGUUUGUCUAGCUUGGCUUGUAUUCUGUCUCGCAGUGGCCAGGUUUGGAUGUCUAGGGGGUACCUGAGAACAAAGGAAUUAGAUAGUGAGACCUCCCUUUUACAUUCUCUUAGCCACAGUGCCAAGUAACAAACAAGACUUAAACUUUCUUCAAGGCUGGAGAAAGCUUUUGUGAACCUUUUAGCUAUGGUAUCCUGCAACUGGAUUUAAUUAUAUUUUUAGAAGGACAAGUAAUCUGACUUCAGAACCUUCAAGUAAGGAGUAACUCAUCUUCCUUGGUAGACAUUUUUAUUAUUAAUUGCCCUCCGUAUUAGGAAAUUGCAUCUUCUCUUGGAAUAGUUCUUUUCCUGGAUAUCAUCAUCCUGACACUGUUUCUUGCUGUGCUUUUUUUCCAGCAGGCUUGAGAAGUGCUAUUCUUCCUUUACAACUAGGCUUCUUUGUCUUGUAUAACUAGCUAUACACAGUCAACAAGUACUUGUAAUCCAUUAACACAUGUAAGUCAUUAUUCAUAAGCUUCACACUAUAAAACUUGUCAUUCAGCCUUUUAAUUCCAUUCCUGCAUGAAAAUACCCAGUAUUCCACAUUCAUCUGCAUUCAGUUCUAGUGUCUGCACACAGUAUUCUUUACAGAAGCAGGAAAACUUGCUUGCCUGUUGCUAUUCAGCCUUCAUAUAUUCAUAUAACCAAACAUCAUGUUAAUCCUUGCUGCUCAAACACAGCGUUAUGGUAGUGCUACGGCAGGUAUGGAGGCAGCAGACUCAAUCUAAAGUUCUUAUAGCUGCUUUUCUAUGCACAGACUCCUAGAAAUAAGAAUAAUCUUUUUUAUUAUUAUUAUUAUUCUGAAAUGCGCCAUGUUUCUUUAGCUGUAUUACAGUGCAAUUUUGGACUAACAGAUUUUAUAAUUCAGAAUACUUAAGAACUUAGUCUCUUUGGUUUUAUCAGAAGAGGAUCAGAGAUGGCUUGCCUGUGUAGUAGAAAGUCCCCUACGGAAGUGGAAAUACCAGGAAAUAAAGCAUUUCACAUCUUGAGCAGAUGGGCCUAAAAAUAAGCUGGAAGCCAAAGUCAAAUGAAUUCAAGGUAGAAAUAGGGUGUGAGGUUUGAACAGUGAGGACAAAUUAACCAUGGCACAAAGCACUGGAAACUGUAGGUUCUUUGUAUCUUCAGGCUUUGGUUUGAAGACAGCAGCAGCUUCCUGGAAAGAGUGUUAUAGCCAAAUAUAAACCACUGGGAUAAAUACAGAGGCAUCUAAAAGUCAGUGAAUGGUCAAUUUUAUACAAUUUUCCAGUCAAUUUUGGUCAACUUUACUGUCUCCAUGAAAUGAGAGUUGCUUCUGGUUUAGAAUCUUGGAGAAGAAGUCUGGCUUUUUUUCUACAUUGUAGAGAUCUGUUGAAAAAUGGGAGGUCUUUUGGCAAACAGAGAGAAAAACCAUGGUGGUGAAAGUUUUAUGGUGUUACCAAAAAUUGUCUUGAAAUUUGCAUGGGAAGGUGCAAAGGUGAGAAAAAAUUACCUCUGCCAUCUGAAGUGAUGCAUCGUUUCUGCAUGCUUGUUGAUUUCUGAGUAGUACAAUGACAUACAAUUGUGCAAUCCUGAGACACAUGAUCACUCAGUGGAAGAUGCUCCUUGGUGAGGACUUCCUCGUUCUUGCUGUACUGGCUGCUGUUUCAGGGUGGCAUUCACCAUGUUCAUGCUUAGCUUCGGCGACUCAGUUCUUUCAUUCAGCUGUGUGAACAUUGCACUGGAAUUGGAGACAAGUGAGGAAGAGCAUUGGUGGGAUUAUUACCCUGAUAGGAUAGUUGCCAAAAAAAAAAAAAAAAGCAAUAUCUUUCUUACCUACUCUAGCAAUAUGGCUGCCUCUUUUCUCUUCUGUGGCAUAAAAAGAAGAUGCUUCUCAAUAGGAGUGUCUCUGUGGUGGCCUUUAGCUUUCACUAUCACACCAAAAGAGCAAGAUGGGAGGUUUCUCCCUGUGGAAGAGUUGUGCUGCACUCAUCUGAGCGGAGAUGUUGUGACUGGAGGAAGUGAUUUUCUGGUAGUCUAUGCUCUAACAUCAGGGAGCAGUGACCUUGUGGAGUGCAGCUUUAAAAUGCAUCAUGCUAUAUUUAUUCUAAAAUAAAUGUGAAAUAUAGUGAAGGAAUAGUGCCACAUUCGAAUUGUUGCUUAGAUCUUUAAGGUCCCUUCCAACCUAACCCAUUCUAUGAAUCAAAUCCCAAGUCCUGGAUGUAGUGUUAAUGUCUCAUGCCAGCACCUCUUGUUGUCCAGCAUGGUGUGUGAGUGCCGUGAGCUGAGACUGGUCUGGCCUGACUUGAGCCCCUAGGCACUGCUGAAGCCUUCGAGUUUUCUUUCAAGUCUGGUGACACCAGACAGUUAGCCAAAGUCAUCAGUUUCAGUCUAGCUUCCUUCUGUCCCAGACAGCUUACCUAGAGAGAGUUCACAAACAGGUCUACUGCUCAAAACCUUUAAAGAGCCACAUUGUACAUGUCACAAAUGUUGUAAGUGGUCAUAAGAUUUAACUCUUUAAUAGACUCUGGAUUCUUAGGACUCUGUUUUGGGGGUAACAUGUAAAUAAGAUUCUUGCUUGUAUUAUUUUGUCUUAAACAUGUAUUCUCUGAACAAGGGUCUUGCAGAAUCUCUGUUCUGAUUAUAAAACUGGAAAUAAAUCAAUUUAUGAAAGAAUUGUUGUAUCUGAUACAAAGCAAACAGUUGAAAGUGGGAAAAGGUACAGUGACAUCCAAGUAGAUUUACAGAACUUCAAUGUCCAUAAUUUGCAUGCUUCCUUGACAGUUUUCUUAAAUAUAAGCUGUUAGCUGAGGGUCUGUAGGAAGCUACUAUGCUUUUCUCCUUUGAAUUGCAAACUCAAGUCAAGGAUUUGAGGUAACUCACUUAUGUCCUUUUUUUUUUUUUUUGCAAUGAUUUUGUUUCCCAGUUUGUCAUGAUGUCAUCUCUAGGCAAUUGUGAUGCUCCCUGUUUGGGUUUUGAAAAGAUUCCAGAGUUUCUUAAGUAGUCUCUCACUUCCAAGUCACCACUUCAGAUCUACCCAGUCCCAAAAAGGAUUUCAUUUAAAUGAGUAGGUCAGUUCCAAUUGAUACUUUAAUGGAUAUCCAUUCAUUUUGCCAACAUCCUUUUAAGAUUGAUUAGCCUCACUCUUUUUUUUUUUUAACCAUGGUAGCAGUGGCUUCAAAGAUCAAAUGAGCAGUGGACUUUGAAUUUUUUCUUGCAUGUAUUUUUGUCCCCAAAUUGAUAGCUAUACGUACUUGUGGAAGUAGGGCUCCUUCUACAUUAACUGUUCCCAUGAAUAAAUUGUGAAAAAUUAGAACCCAAGCUGAUUGAAUGCUUUUAAACAAAGAUCAAGAUCUUUUGGAAACUGCUUCAAGUUGUCAGUAUUAUGUGUGUCCUUUUUAUUUGUUUUGUUUUCCAAUUUUUAAAAAUGGUAUUUUUUUCUCUUUCAUCUGCAAGCCACACCUCUGGGAACUGGGAAGUGUUUUUGGUCAAAUGUGCUGAUUUUUGUUGGCAGGAAGGUGAGAAGAGCUCUUAAGAACAGAUUGUCUUACAGGAUGCGCCCCGAUUUGACAAAUAUGGUGAGCUGUGGGUAACAGUCAAAAAGAGUCAGAUGUUGUAUUCCACCUACCUGCAUUUUUUCUUUGUACGAAGCAUUUCAUUUGAUAAUUGGGAUGUCUUUUUUUUUUUUAAGCUGAUUUUUUAGUUUGUUUUCACAUGCCCUUAGUUUUACAUGCAAGUUUGAAGAGUGGGUGGUAACUUCAGUAGGCGGGCUGGCUGUGGGGUCCCAUCCAAGCGGUGGCUUUUAUCUUCUACUGGUGUUUUUCAGACCAUGUUUGUUUUAUAAUUUUCCAGCUCAGAGAAUCACCUGAAACUACAAAUAAAUACAGGUAGACUUACUAUGUGCUCACGGAGGAUUUCACACAGCUAAAUAAAUGAUAGUUCAAAUCUGGGAGUACAAAAUUUGUUCUCUACCAAAGUCAACUAAUUUUUCAGUAACAGCAGUUACUUAAUUUUUUAAUGAAAAGUUGUAUAAAGUAGUAUAUAGAGUUUCAAAAGGCUAAGUGACAUUCAUUUCAUUCAGUACUAUUGGGGAGUAACAGGGACAUAUCUAAAGAUGAGAACAAGAGCAGACUUAGGCAUACUUUAGUCAGGAGGUGUUGCCAUUAGGAAGAUGAAACACAUGGAUUUUGCAGAACACCUUUAAAAUUGCAAUGUAUUGGAAGAGCUCUAGUUGGAGAACUCUCCCUGAAAGGUUCACCAACCUUGCCUUAGGAGUCUUCUUCAUCCUGCUUCACCACAUACUUUGCCAAUGUGUGGCUUUCCCCCUCGUUCCCCCUUUCCCUGGGGAAACAUACAUUGCUGUUUUGAGAAAGCCAGAGGUAAAGAUGCUCUUGAUGCCGGGCGUUGUGUGGUGAGUGAAAGAAAUCCUGUGAUUUCUUUCCCGUCUGUCCAGUGUCACCACAAAAGUUGCCUAUAGAGAUCAGCAGCAACGUGAGCUUUCAUGUGCUUUUUCUCCCUUGCCUGGUCCUUUUGGAUUCCCGUGGGAUGAUGUAGGGCUGUCAUGGCCAUGCACUCAACCAGCGCAGGGACUGCCAUGGGGCUACCCUGGGGCUGGUGGCAUUUCCCAUCCUCCUGACCACAUCACUGGGGAUGCUGCAUGACUGCAAGACACACGCUUCCUGGGUUUCCAUUUAUUUAGACAUCUAAGCAAAGCGCAUUAUUUAACAAAAGAAAGAAAGAAAGAAGUGGAAAUCUCAUGCUUCCAUGAUGAACCAGGCUCCAAUUCCAUCAAUCCUCGUUAGUCUCUUUGGGGUGCCUCCUGCUUGUAGUAGCUUAGAAUGUUAAUGGGUUUAUUUAUGUGCUAGGAAUUUGGGUGUGAUUGUCACCCUUUUUUUAUAGAUGAAUGCAGAAUGACUGAAACAAAAAAUAGGGAUUCUCUCUAAUUUUGGGGGGGCCCAAAAUGAGGUACGAAGGAAUGGGCAAUUUGGAAUGGCUUACUUUGUAACCUUUUGUAGAUUCAAAUCAACUUCCUACUAAGUUCCACAGCAGCUGUGAGUGCUCAGAGCUUCACCCAGCCACAAUGUACCAAUGAGGUGAGGAUCACUGUGCUCCUCGUUGGAGUCCCUCUCUUGCUUCUCAGGCGUCAGAGAGGUGGCAGACAGGCAUCUCUCCAGGGCUGGUGGUCACUUGUUUUCAUCACAAGAACUUUGUUUUGACAGUUUCAGUCUUUGUUCUUUCUGUCUUUAGCAGCAGAUAGUCAGACCCAAUCUCCUUCAGUUCUCAGACUUCUCAGACCUCGCCUCCCUAGAGAGGUGUGUGUUCUGUGCUCUGUAUGAGGCUGGAGUUCAUAGAAAAUAAACUGUGUGCUCGUUUGAUUUGAUGUUAUGGCAAUGCAUAUGUGCAGAGGGAUGAAUUAGGAUGGCAGUUCAUUUCUUCACUUUUGAGUAUUUGUAUCUGUAACCAGAUAUGUGUACAUACAUAUAUAAAAUUAUGCAUACAUAAAUGUGUGUGUAUAUAUAUAUACAUAUAUUUAUUAUACAUAUAUAAAAUUUAUUUUUAAGCUAGGGAUUUUUGGUAUGUAUUCACUUUGUUGGAGCUUUCUUACAGGAUAUUAUAGCUUCCCAAAAUAUGUUUUCUCUCUGUAAAUAUCUAUGAUUCCUAGUUUUGAAAUGAAUUGGAAAGGAAAGGACAGCCCAAGUGCGUGGUUUCAUAGAAGAUCUACUUUGAAAUAGGUUGUCCACUAUGACUUGAAGAAGAGCAAUAGGUAGGUGAAAACUUGGUCUUGAGCAGUUGCACUGCAUAUACUUUUACCUGAACACCACAGGACGAUAUGACUGUUGACAUGUCUUGCACUGACACUUCAAGUGUUGCCUUCUGAUUCUCAUCCCCAAACUCCAAAGCAAUGACUAUACAGUGCAAAAACCAGCUGUUUUUUAACAAAUGGUAGGCUGCCUGUCAGUGCCCAGUUUAGUAGAGAGUUAAAAUAUGGGAAGUCUGUGUUCAUAUUUCUGCCGUAAGGUCAGAGACCAUCUUUGGAACCACAAUCAAUUAUCUGACUGAGCUGUAUCAGAAAAUGAAGGGGAAAAGUAUUAAGAAAAGCAGCAUUGACUUUUGCCUCUCCUGCAUUUUGUUCUGUUCUCUACUUUGAUUCUCAGGUUUAAAUCUUGUAGAGAAAUUAACAACUUUUUCAUUUUUUCCCCUUUUCUUUAAAAACAAGCAAACAAAAAACCCUCCUGCAAGUUUUUGUAGGAUUCUUAAAGGGGUCUUACAAAAAAGAUGGGGAAGGACUCUCUGCUUGGGUAGAUAAUGACAAAACAAGGGGGAAUGGUCUUAAACUAAAAGAGGAUUUAGAUUAGACACUAGGAGGAAAUUCUUCACUGUAAGGGUGGUGAGGCACUGGAACAGGUUGCUGAGAGGAGCUGUGGAUGCCCCAUUCCUGGAGGAGUUCAAGGCCAGGCUGGAUGGGGCCUUGGCCAACCUGAUCCAGUGGGUGGCAUCCCUGCCCAUGGCAGGGGCAUUGGAGUUAGGUGAUCUUCAUAGUCCCUUCCAACCCAAGCCAUUCUAUGAUUCUUGUUUCAGGUGUCGUUCACAGGCUCUGUUCACAGAUGAACACCCAAUUCCUGAUGUAAGCAGAUGCCAUUAACCGGAAAAAUCAGAAAUGUCUCGAUUUCCUUGAAUUUCCACAAAUACCACCUUGAGAUGGGACAGGUAGCUGCACUUGUGGUAUCCUGAUUCAUGCUAUAAAGCAUUGUGGACCACAUCAUCCCUUGCUCACACACUGCACCUUUACACCUGUGCUAAAUGGGUACUUUCUGAGCAAAGUGCAUGUUUUGCUCUUCAGAGGCAUAAGAGAUGACACGUAGUGUUGCUGUACACCUUAUGCUCUCUCUGCUACUCCUUGUGGGUAAAGAGAUGACUGUGCACUGCUGUGUGACUCAGAUGCAGCUCUGCUGAAACCCACAAAUUUAUUUUGGGUAAGCUACAUCACACCUGUAUGUGUACUUAAAUGUAACUGUGGUACUUGUUCAUGGGAAGGACUCAAAUUCUUGUCACAAAAAGCUGGGAACUGAAAACGCCAUACCUGGUGUAUUCAGAAUGUGAGUUCUCUGUCAUUCUGCAAGCACCUUGAGUGUUUGCGGUAUGGAUGAGUACAACUUCUACUGCUUGUCACUGAACUACUGCUGGUAAUUGGAAAUUGAAAUACAGUGUUCCCUGGAGAGCUUGUCUGUCAUGGAGCUCAAGAGGUUAAUAUGUAGUUAUGUGAUGAUACUAUAAUUUUAUAUGCAUCUGCAGAUAUGGGUAAUAGACAUUAAAGUGGGCAUUUACAUCCUUAUUAUGGGUCAGUACUUGAUGUCAUAAUAAAAAAGUCACAUCAGAAAAGUAUGGGAUAAAAAUCUGAUUAUGCCCCUUUUGGAGUGUAAAUGGCUUUAAAAUUCAAAUUGUCACCUGAUGGGAGGAUCAGGAAAGAGUUAGAACAAGGGCAAAGGGGUGAAGCUGUGAGACACAAGGGGCAGGAUAAGGAAGAAAAAGAGAGGCCGGACUAGGCCUUUGCUUGUGCAGUUUAUAUCCAUGUGAAUACUAUAUCCUAUUACUUAGGUUUAAUGAGAUGACACGAAGAGCCUAAGCUUGAAUGAAAGGUGGACUUUGCAAUGUGGUGUGAAGGUCAGUAGACCCCAGAUCUUCUGUCUUUCCACAGAGUGCAAAUCUGGUCGGUGCUGGUGAGCCUGGAAUCUCAUGUGGGUUAAUGCAGGGUGUUCGUUUGAAAAACAUCAUCAAAACUAGUAACAGAGUUUCUAAGGCAAGGCAAAAGCUGAAACUCUCUCUUGGUGCUGUCCUCAAUAACUCCACCAAUAACUAUGCAACUACCGGCCCAGAGCCUGAGGAGAGGGAUGGAUACUGAGGGGGACUGAGAGAGAGAAGAGGGCAGUGUAGGUUAAAAUCAACCUAGAAGAGCAGUGAGGACUACAGCAGUGUGUAGCAUGGACUGAAUAUGCAGGUGGAUAGAUUGGGAUGGUGAGUUCAGCUGCAGUGCACUCAGAGGGUUUCCAACAUCUUGAAUGUCUGUGGGAGAUGAAACCCAUACAUACAGAAACUUGGAAGGGUGCUGACCUUCCGUUUUGCUGCUACUUUCUUAUUCUGCAAAGUCUUCACAGUUGGCUGUACUUUUAGGGACGUUAUAUUCUUCGUUGAAAUUACAGGGGGCAAAUGCCAUGGGGUGAGGUAAGGUAAGCAGUUCAGCACAUCUGAACAGGUAAGCCACCUCGUUCCAUUUCCACCCCAUCAUCUUCCUGUGCCUGGCUGUGGUAUCGUUGAACUCCUUGGACACCUCUGAGUUGCAUCAACCCUCUACCAGGGGACUAACUAAAAGGGAACAAAAAUUCAAACAACAAGAGCAACAACAACAAAAACUUGUUUUCUCCUGGUUUAAUCAGUUGAUCUGGCUCAACUGAUGUGUGUGAGGAGUGCCAGAGGCAACACAAGGCAUGAGGGCAGGACUGGGGCUUGGAAGGUGGGCGGGCUCUGGGGGAAAGGCCUGGGAAAGAAGAAUGUGAAGGAGCGAGACUCACCCAACUGGCAGCACCGAACUUUUAACUUUGGUGCAGUCACUCACAGACUUGUGCCCACUACCCUGUGUUCUCAAGGGAUUCAGCAGCUCAUGGCAACUCCACAUGGUCUAAGGCUGCAGGAGGUGCUUUGUGGGGGCUGUAAAGUCACAUGGAACUGCCUCACCAGGAACUGUGCUCCUCUUCGGGUGUUCCCUAUGGGGUUUUGCACCAUAAAAAGGUAAGAUGGGACAUUUCCUGUGAGACAACUGUAUAUGUUGCCUAAAAAAGGGAUUAUGGCUGAAGGGAGUUUGUCUGUUUUAGAGAAUCCAAAGUGUCCUUGAGGUGGAUCGCUUCCUGGGGGGUGAUUUGUUUAUCUGUGUGGAGUAGUGGGUGAUGGGGCAAAACAAUGGAAACCUCUUGGCAUCUCUCUGGUCUAAGAAGGUGUGUGAUGAGAACAGCCUUUCUGGUGAACGAGAAUGUUACUAAAGAAGCCUACUGUCCUCUGCAGCCGCUUUCAGUAGAGACUCUGAGAUGUUGCGGCCUACAAACAGCAUGCUCCGCAGUGUCCUGGGAGGGGUUGUACAGCAAUCUUCUCAAGAAAACCAGAGGGUCAGGAAAGUUAGAACUUCACAAGUACUGCAGAGUGAAUCUGCAGCAGGCCCCAAAAGCUUUUGAAGUUGCCUAAGGGCCUUGUAUUUCUGUGUCCUUGCGCUGGUGGGACACGAGGAAGGCUCCAAGGGGCUGUCUGUUCAGUGGGUCGGUCAGACACCGAGCAGGCUGGUGGCAGCUGCUGAGUAGGGUCUAUUCAGCAACAAGCAGGUCCUGGGUUGUGGUCAUGUCGCUUGGCUCGGAUGGCUUCUGGCUGCCGAGAGAACAGGGAUGGAGUUCUCCAUCCCCCUGUUUGCAAUUAGUGUUCGUUAUUAAGUGCUGACGGUGUGUUCCCUCUUCUCGUGUCACUGGUCUUUGUUUGUGUGCUGGGUGUUGGCGCAGGCUCCUGUGCUGUAAUGUCUUGCAUUAGCUGCUGUUGAAAGAAGUCCAAGGAGCAGUGUGAGCAGCUUUGAGGAGGACAGGAGGGUGGCUUGGCACAGAAGAGCAGGAGCAAUUCUGAGGGAAGGAUGAAAAUGAUUUUAUUUAAGUGGGAGGCUGGCAAGGAGCAAACAGCAAUGUGUCCAUGCACAUCUCUGGUCUCAAAUGUGAUGCCAAACUGUUUGAUGGGAAUAAGGAGCCAGCUAGAGGGUGUAAUCAGAGGUGAGCUAGCCGUGGAAAUGGUUUGGAGGAUUCUUUUAGCAGAGAUGGUAUCUUCAGGUGGAUAGGUAGUGUACAAGGUAGGAAGUGUGGGACCUAGAGGAGGAGACUACAGUUGCUGGAGAUGACCAUGGGGUAGAGAGACAUACAUCAAUGAUAAGAGAACUCAAUCUGUAUGUGGAGGAGGAGGAGAUAAAAAGCAAAGAGAAGAAUGGAAAAACAUGAACAUAACCUCUAGAUCCCUUGCUGGUUUGGGUAAUAGUAUAAUAGGUGUGAAGGACAAGAGAAUGAUCUCUGUCCCUCCCGUGGGGGAGAGAAGAUUGAUUCCAUUGAGCAGGGGUUGUGUACACAGCACCUAGAAGGUCUGAAGGGCAACAUCUGGACUAAAUAGUACGGCACGUGCAAUGGCUGCAAUGCUGCAGCAGUGUGUGGGACACUGAGCAGCUGGCCCUUUUGGAGGUCAGGUCUUCCCCUUGUCUGUAGAGAGAACUCGAAGUAUGGAUCAGGAGAUGGUGCGCCAGGAUGCGUACAGUUUGGUUAUGAGAAGGCAGCAUCUUGAGAGCAAUUUGCCACCUGCAGCCCAUCUGCUCAGAAUGGCUGCGAGGAUCUGAAGUAAAAAUAAAGGGAGUCAAUUGUUCUUUCUCAAAGGCCUGGAUACCACCUCUGCAGCUUCUCUUCCUCACCUGUCCUUUCUUCAAUAAAGAAGUGAAAUAUUAACUCGGAAUAAUUAAUGCAGCUUCCUGGAGUGUUGCUUGAGUAAAGGACUUGGUAUGUUCCUUGAUGCAGUGGGAGUGGACAGGGAAGGGUGUCAUGAGGCCAGGUUUGUCUCUGUUGGAUGCUCUCAGUCACUGUUCGCCUGUGGCCUGACCGGUUACAGGCUGCCUGUGCCUGUCCAAGCCACAUUCCCAGGACACAAGUGGCUUCAGGGGCUGCACCAGCUAGGGCUUUGAUGUUCUCUGGUCUCCAGGAGAAGAGUGGGAUGAGCAGGAUUCUCAGGUAUUUGUUCAUCGCUGGGGUCUGCUGUGUGUGACUGCCUCUCUGUGCGUUGCCAUUUCAUCCUGUCAGUAAUCUGGUGGAGCUUCUGCAAGCAUUUCUCCAGAAAUCUUUAACAGCACAAAUGGCUGCUGCUAGUUAUUUUAGGUAUUUUGGAUACGUAGCUCUGGAAAUCCAGAGCUUGCUUGUUGGAGCAAAUUGAGGUCACCACCACCAGAAAGAUGCUCUGCUCCGGUCACUGCUCAUCUAGCCCACUGGGAGUGAGCAUCUUUAUCUUUUCCCAUCUCUUGCUUAGUCUUUCCUGGUCUUCCCAUCCCUCUGAUGUUGCUGUGACACUGCUCCUCUCCUACAGCCCGCUUUCAGGUGUGGCUGUUUAAAAGCAAUCACUGUCAACAUUUGUCAUUACUCUGUUUCCAUUUUUAUUUAUAAAAGAGGGAGAGAGAGAGAGAGAACGGAACAGCAGCAGUAGCAGGGCAAUUGCAGAUGAAUAAUGAAAGGAUUCAUCAUAGCCAUACCAGGAUAUAUAUAUUUUUUGCAGCCAAGCGAGACGGAUUCCCAUCACAGCUCGGGGACUCGUUCCACACAACCACUCAUCUUUCAUGCUGGGGGGAAGGGAAAGGUGGAGACAGUAUCAUUAUGGAUGUAACGGGGCUCUGAAGUGACUGGUCAAGGUUGCUGCUUCAGUCACAAGGAAGCUGCUUACAGGAAUUUUCUCUCCACCAUGUAUUGCUGCCUGGUGAGGCGGCUGCCUCCUACAGCAGGCUGCCACUUGAGAAAGGGAGGGAGGCUUAAGGUUGGUUAACGGGGAAACUUGCUAAGUGCUCACUAAAGAAGGACAAGACGGCCAGUGAGGAAAUAACAGGAGUGAGAAACUUGUCUCUGAAUGAGGGACACGCUGAUCAUUCUUUUGCACCUUUGUGUCUCUUGAGCCCUCCCUCACGUUCACGGUCAUAUCAACAACCAGCUUUCAGCUUGCCCUGUCCCCUAGCUUUACAAAUCCAUCCCCGGUGAGCACAGACAGUUUUUCUUCUUGUCCACUUUUAGUAAGUGGGGUGGAGGAAAGCUAGUCACAUGGACAAUGCUGAAAUACUCCGAAGUCCUGAGGGCAAGAAGAGAAAUAACUACCUUUUAAAAUAAGAAAGGGGAAAAAAAAAGGCCCCAAACAGGCCUGGUUUAUUUAGAUGUGCAUUCAAAUCCCAAAAGAUCUUUGUAUCCUCCUGCCUGCUAUAUGCCCAGGGGAGCCGGGCCAUGCUCAUCCUCUGAGGGUGGUGCUGAUGCUUCAGCACGGGUUGAGCUCUGCACCCCUGGGUGCGCCCAGCUGUGGUGCUGAUGUCCCUCAGCAGUGCAAGAGGGACCCCAGCUCCCCAGCCCCUGUGUGCUCAUGGGGAGGUGGUCCAGGGCAAUGCUGUUGUCAUCCAAGGCAGAGGUGGGCUGUGCUGAGUAAUUGUCAGGGAUGCAAAUGCAGUUACCCUGUCUGCUCCUAGAUUUUUGGAAAGAACCUGAGAUUUGACCAUAUAUCUUUAUCUAGGGAAGGCCUAAAGCAGUCUGGUUCACUGGGCAGAAUGUUCUCAUCUUCACAUGCUGCAAUGACCUGUUUUGCUGGUUAGCAUUUCCACUUCCAGUUGUGAGAGCACAUCAGCCCAAAAAAAGGUACAAAAGAGCUUAUCCCAAAGGAUUGUGUAUUUGUCAGGCCUCUUGGUGUCCUGGAGUGCUUCAUGCACCUCUGGCAAGGCAGCAGCAUGAGGGCAUUCCUGCAUUAAAUCCUUCCUCCUGUUAAUUGAAGAAUAAGUGUCACUGGAGGUGAUCCAGUUGGAUGGAAGGGUGCAGUAAAACGCCACAGCUCAAGUGAUCUUUAAUAGGGGAAGACAAGCCGAUACAUUCCUUUGUUGGGUCCUUAGGGCUGUCACGUUGACAGGGAAAAAGAGCUCUGAUCUUUUCUAUUCCAGACCCUUCUUUUAGUUCUCUCUUCUUUCCUGUAUAAAAUCCCAGCCUUGCCAGCAGUAGAGGGAUCAGGGUAGAGGGAUAUGUUUCUUAAGCUGUCCCUCCAUUUCCCUCUUGUGCUCAGGAGACGCAACACAAUAUUCAGAAGCUUAGACUUGGUUCAUGUUUUCUACCAUUCCCCUUCCAACAUAAAUCUCCCUUUGGGAAACCAUUUGGUCCAUUUCCUAAUAUCCUGGCACAGAAUUAUGACAGAUCAUUAUGAAUUGGUUUUUAUUCAGUUUGGCUACAGUAAAUGCUCUGGAGUCCUGAAGGCCUGAAGAGAAAUGACUACCAUUUAAAAAGAAAAAAAAAGAAGAAAAAAAAAGGAAAAAGCCCCAAGCACGCCUGGUCAAUUAAGAUGUGCAUUCACAUGCAAAAAGAUCUUCAUAUUCUCCUAUCUGCCAUAUCCAUUCAGACAUUCUACUAGAUAUAAAUUCCCAUCCUGAUAAGGAUCCUUGGUCACUCAGCUCUGAAACAAGUUUUCUGUUGAAUAUGGAAACCAUCAUAUGGGCAGUACCAUAGAAAGGUGCUUGCUUAUUCCAAAAAAGAAAGGUUGUUUCAACCAUGAUAGGUCUCAUCCUUGAACAACAUUAGUUGAUUUGUACAGUGUGUGAUUAAUAGCUUCUUACCUCUCUUCUGGAGGAUCUUACUUUUAUAUGCUCAUAGAAUCAAGUCAUUAAAAGUGGUUUUACAUCUGUCGAGGCAAGGUGUUGUUAAUACUAAUGGUUAACUCCUGGUCUUGCUUGCAUGUAGCCAUGUGUUUGGUCAUUGGAGAAAAAAAAUAAUUAAAAAAAAAUCAGAUUA